AUGUCUACUCGCUGGUAUCCAAUUUAUCAAAGGGGCAACCCACAACUUCGUGUAUUUUUACCAAAUUUUUGGAUGAAAUUAGUACAUCCACCUCCCCGGCAACAACCAAAUAUUGUUCAUUUUCAAUGUUCUAUGGAAAUGACUAAACAUGAUAUAAAAAACUAUUUAGAGAAGAUAUACAAUGUACCUGUAGUACAUGUUAGAACAAAAAUUUCACUUGGGAAAUUCAGAAAGGAUAUUGGCAAAGGUUAUGUUGUCAAGGAUGAUGAUAUAAAGACUGCAUUUGUAACUUUGCCUAAAACUACAACAUUUGAAUUUCCCAACAUAUUUGAAAAAAAGAAAGGUGGUGUAGAGGAUGACUUGAAAUCUUUAGAAGAAACAAAGAAAACAUUUAAACAAUAUAUUGAUCGCAACAGGGAUAGAAGUGAUAUACCUAGCUGGUUUUCCAUUUGA